CGCCAUUUUGUUUACACCUUUGCUCUGUUUCCGAAGCGUCCACGUCUCGUGGGUGGACAGAAGAUGGUUGCAAAGCAGAGGAUUCGCGUGGCGAAUGAGAAACACAGCAAGAACAUCACUCAGAGAGGCAAUGUGGCCAAAACUACGAGAGUCUCUCAAGAAGAGAAGGCAGCGGUGGGACCUUGGCUUCUUGCCUUGUUUGUCUUUGUAGUAUGUGGAUCAGCGAUAUUCCAGAUCAUUCAGAGCAUCAGGAUGGGAAUGUGAAAUGAACGGUCAUCAGCGUUGUACAUCAGUUUGCUCUUUGCUCCUGAAGAUCGCUUGAUCAAUCCUCUUUUCUUAUUUAAUCUUUGUCUUUUUCACCACAACACCACAGUCUCUUGUGCCUUACUCAAAAGCUGGAGGAACAUUAUCUUUGGGGAAUUCUGUCAAUAUUGCUGCUGAAUCCUAGGCAAUAAAAUACAAAUGACUGUUUGAAUUUUUUCUGUGGAAAAAAAAA